AUGUUGUCAGAACAUGGUGUGAACUUAACAUACAAGCAAGCUUGGAGAGCAAAGGAAAAGGCUUUGGAAUUUUUGAGAGGUCAACCUACUGAUUCUUACAGUCGCUUGCUGAGUUAUUUGUAUAUUCUGGAGAAGACUUAUCCGGGGUCGGUAGUAAAAUUACAGAAGACUAAAGAUGGCUAUUUCUUGUAUGCAUUUGUUGCUCUUAGUACGUCCAUCAAGGGUUGGGAGCAUUGUAGGCCAGUUGUAGUAGUCGAUGGAACAUUCUUGAAAUCGGCAUAUAUGGGAAUCAUGCUAAAAACUAGCACAAUAGAUGCAACAGGUAGCAUAUUACCACUAGCAUACGCCAUUGUUGAUUCAGAAAAUGACGCAUCAUGGAGGUGGUUUUUUGAGCAAUUCAAACAUGCAUAUGGUGAAAAACCAAAUAUGUUGUUAUUUCGGACCGGAAUGAGAUUCAUGAAAGGUCAUCUAAAGUUAAGCGAAUUGUACUUUGCCACCGCACAAUCAUACACGCUUGAUGAAUUUAAUGAAAGAAUAUCAAAGAUUGCUGAGAUCGACACACCUGUUAAAGCAUACCUAUACGAUAUUGGCUAUCACAGAUGGUCUCGGGUACAUGCUACGAUGAACAAAACAUGGACGAUGCCAUCAAACAUUGUAGAGUCCUUGAAUGCAGUAACCAAAGAUGCAAGAGAGCUGCCCGUAGUUGAACUAUUAGAGUACAUGAGGACUCUUCUUGAACGUUGGACUAAUGAAAAGUUAUUGAAUACAAAUGGUACGUUCACUUACCUUGGGAGAAAAUACAACAAAGAGUCGGAGGACAACAAGACAUUAUCGCAGAAGAUGAGAGUGAGGGCUUCAACAAAUUACAUCCAUACUGUGAUAGAUGAUGUGAAACGCUUCAUUAUUUGCCUUGAAAACAAGAGAUGUAGUUGUGGACAAUUCCAUCUUGAUGAACUUCCUUGUCCACAUGCUUUGGCAGCUUUGAGGCAUAGGAAAGAGUCUUAUAAAAACUAUUGUUCUCUUUAUUAUACGAGGGAGAGCCUUCUGUAG